AUGUGUGAGUGUGUAUGUUCCAGCAUCAGUGAAGACACAACAACAGAGGACUUGUUGAGCCAAAACUUCCAGAUGAAUGACUUUUUAGAGGACACAAGUGACUCAAGUGUAUCGAUUCGAUACGCUGCAGAAGGGUGGGGAAACGAUUCCUCAGAUACCGAGUUAUUGUACAACUCCUCCCCAUGUCUUCCCAUUGAAGAUGAGUACCCUCCCCAUCCCCUUUCAUUAACAGAAGAAAAAGAGGACAGUGCUGAGGUGUUAAAAGAUACAGAAGUGUUGCUACAAAAACUUCAAAUAAUGAAUGUCCGGUCACAAAAAUUGGCGAAAUUAACUGGGCGGAGAAAUUCAAUAGAAAAGAUAUCGUCGUUUCUUGUCCCCUCCACCCAACAAGAGGCCUAUGACAAUGGGAAGGGGAUCGUCAAAAGUGAUAUUUUGAAGCAAAAAAUGGGUGAAAGGAUAAACGCGGGCGAUAUCAUGAAAAUCACACGCGCUAAGACUUCACAGAGAAAGAUGAACAAAAUACAACAAAUUCUUGGACAUCCUUCUGUUUCCGAUUUCUCUGUAUUCCUAUCCCCCAAAUCAAGAAAACAAGCUCUCAACAAUGGGAAGAAAGUAAAGAAAUUCGAAAAGCUUCAGAAGCUUGCUGGCGUUUAA